AUGAUUAUAAAAGGUGUAGAAGAAACAUUACUCAAAUUGACUCGAGAAACAAAGAAAUCCUCCAAAGCUACUCAGAUCUGCGCAAAAAUUGAUGAAUUAUUAGAGAAUGUGCAUAAAGUUGAUGUCGUUGAGAUCAAUCUUCCUGAUAAACUAGAUAUGAACAAAGCUGACGCAAACGAUACAUUCGAUAUAUCUCGCUAA